AAUUUCUAAAUACCAAAUUUUGUCACUCUCGGAGCUGCCUAAGGAUAACACAGCUUGCCUUCAGCUUCAUAAAUAACACAUACUCUGCACAUUUCUUCGCCUGGGUGAAAUAAAUUCUCCCAUGUUCUUAUAUGGAAACCUUGUGAGUCCUCCCACGUAGCGCCUGGUACAAUAUUCAGGCAGCGAUGGGCAUUCAUUAUCUUAAAGCCAGCGGAUGAAUUUCGGAUACAAGUUACCCCCAGACGAACCCAAAAUGAUCAACCCUUCACACCACGCUGAGCUCAGUAACCUGCUCUGUGCAGUCCCUGCAUUUUAUUUCCAAGCCCCAAUCACAACUUUGAUUUCAGCAUCAAACCAACGAAAUAAAUGGAAAACGAAGGGAAUAAAAAGGAAAACGAGGGAAACAGUAAGAAAGCAGCAGCAGCGUUAUUACCCACCAGAGCGCCCUUCUCGCAGUCAAAGCAUCCCACGGCGCUGUCACCAGCUCUGCCCGUCGCUGCGCCCGGGCUCUGGCUCUGAUCUUCCGCGGCCACUUUUCUUCCCGGGAAACUGUACUCUGGACCCGGUGCCGCCCUGCCAGGCUUUGGAGGCGUUUGGUCUCGGCAGCCGUGUGCUGCUGGAGAAGGCAGCACGGGAGCGUGGCCUGGCAGGUGCCUGGGCGGCCGGGAUCUCCUUGCUCUGCUCUGCCGCUUCCCAAAAGCGCAGUCCCCGACACCGGGCAGUCCCAGUCGCAGCUGGAGAACAAACUUCGAUUCGUAGGCAUCCUUCAGAAGGCAGCUCACAUUUUGUGAGACUCCACGAGGGACUACAAACACAGGCGAGCUCUGGCUACACUAGGGAAUGAAGCAAAACGUUUCUCACUGGUGCAGCCACUUGUUUGGUUGCAGUGAGGAUGCCUUGAUGCAGAUUAGGAACAAGCAGUCACAUCAGUGAAAUGUAAGUAGCGGCUGGAGCCUCGUCUGUAUGAAGGAUCCUGCCAGCACAGCUGUACCAGUGACAGCAGUGGAAUAUUUUGCUCAAGUUCUCUAGGGGAAUCAAAGCCUGUAUUUUGUCUCUGGCUUUCUCUGUUCUGUUGCUCCUCACUCAUUAAAAGUCAGACA